ACCCAUUUAUCCCUCGAGGCGCGAAGCCAACCAUGCCAAUGCCCCUCGUCCCCACCACCGACCACCAUAAUGCCGGCCGCUUCGUCGUCGGCCGCGGCAACGCCGGCAACCAGCCGCGGCGGCGGUCGGGUCUCCGCUUUCACGAUGCGCGCGGUGGCACGCAUGUCGAGGGCGCGAUGGUUCAUCUUCCUGAGGCGGGUAUACCAGUACCAGAACGGCCCGAGGUCCGACCUGGGCUCCAACCCUUUCAACUCGUCCGGCUGGCUCGCUCUCGAGCUCGGCGUGAUCGUCGCGCAGAUGGUCAUCACCACCACCGUCGUGGCCACCUCCCCAAAGGAACGCCCCGCGUGGCCGCUUCGGCUCUGGGUGUGCGCGUACAACGUCGGCAACGUGCUCAGCCUCCCACUCCUCUACUGGCGCCACCGACAUUCAUCGGCCGCCGGACGAGGCGACGACCCGGAGAUGCACGGCGCCGGUGACGCUCUAAGGAACAGCUCGUAUCUGAUGAACAAGGCUCGGGCGUUCCUGGAGCUCUUCUUCGCGAUGUGGUUUGUGAUGGGCAACGUGUGGGUGUUCGACGCGCGGCUCGGAUCGUUCCACCGCGCGCCGCGGCUGUACGCGCUCUGCAUCGGCCUGCUCGCCUGGAAUGCCGUCGUCUACUCGCUCCCCUUCCUCCUCUUCCUCCUGCUCUGCUGCUUCGUCCCGGUCGUCGGGUACGCGCUCGGGUACAACAUGAACUCGGCCUCCGUCGGCCGGGGCGCCUCCGACGAGCAGCUGGACGCGCUGCCGCGAUGGCGGUUCAAGGAGCCCGACGUGCCGAGAGACCGCGAGAAAGACGAUGAAGAGUGCUGCAUAUGCCUGGCGCAGUACAGGGAGAAAGAGGAGGUGAGGCAGCUGCCCUGCACACACAUGUUCCACCUGAAAUGCGUGGACAGGUGGCUGAGGAUCAUCUCCUCUUGCCCUCUCUGCAAGCAAGAGCUCAGCUGACCGAUGGCUGCACAUAUACGGCGCAACGGUGAUUGAUCAGUGGAGCUUGCAUUCCAAGCCAGAGAUGCGUCGAUCGGAUGGCGCGGCGCGCUCCGACGCAUGCAGCGCACCUCACUGACCUCUUUCGCCAACCCUCUACUAACCUAGACACUGACCAGCGAUGGAGACACCUCUGUUGCAGCUCGAGAUAGAUUAAUUUACCAGCUUGGGCAGGUGGGAAAUGUGUAAAGAAAUUGUUGUAGCCAUGAGCAGGCGGCCUACAAUACAAGUACUGUUUGUUCUCCGCUUAGCUCAUUAAUUGUACCAUGCCAACAGCCAAGAACUGCCAGAUGCUGUUGUUCUUGCGAAAGCACAUCUCAACAAUUACAAGAACAUGCAUAGAUGGACACAAAAACAAGGGGAAAUAAGAAAUAGGCCAUUGCAAUUCUUUUAUCAAUAAUCUCGUAGCAAGAAAGCAAAUACAUGUGUAUAUGUAUAAGCUCUGUUUUUUUAGCAAAAUGUAUACGCUCCCUUCGGAACAUAAUUAAUAAAUACCGAGGAUCACACUUAGCCCGACAAAGUGCCUGAGCAUCUCCAACAACCUUUGCAUAUUGGAUCGCUAAAGACCGAUGAUAGAAAGAGAAGAGAGAAGGUUUAGCAAUCCAAUAUGGUUUUUUUCUUUUGCUUUGGUAUCCUUUGUAUAUUGGAUUGCUAUAUUUACACAAAACACACAAUAACAUGUGGAGAUAGUUUGUCAUGGACGCAUGGCACACUAGCAUAUGCACAUUUAUACAUAUACUGGCAAAACUCUCGUACACGUACACACAUGCGUACAUGUACAUGUACACGUACACACGCGUACCCGUACAUGUACACACCCUAGUACGCGUA